AUGGCCGACCAAGCUACCACCCAGAACGAGCAGCAGCCCCCCGUGGCUGCAGCUGUUCCCGCCGUCGACGGCGCCGAGGAGCUCAACCCCGAUGGAACCCCCCUCUCCGACAACCAAAAGAAGAAGCGUGCUGCAAAGGCAGAAAAGGAACGCAUCAAGGCUGAAAAGGCUGCCAAGCUCGCCGCAGAGAAGGCUGCCCGUGAAGCUGCCGACGUUGACUUUGCUUCCCAGAACUACGGCAAGCUCCCCCUCAACAUGUCCCAGGAGCGUCCCGGUCGCACCUUCUCCAAGAUCUCCGAGAUCAGCCCAGAGCGUGACGGCGAAACCAUCAUCCUCUCUGCACGAGUCCAGACCAGCCGUGCUCCUUCCGCCAAGCUCGUCUUCCUCACUUUUCGCCAAGGCGUCGACUGUGUCCAAGCUACACUGGCUCAGGCUCCCGAGAAGGUCUCGCGCCAGAUGACCAAGUGGGCCGCCGGUCUCGCUGCCGAAACCAUCGUCCUCGUGGAAGGCACCAUCGUCAAGACGCCCAAGCCCGUCGAGUCCAACACCGUCACCGUCAAGGAAGCCGAGAUCAAGAUCUCCAAGAUCCACUCCACCAGCGAGAUCGCCUUUGAGCAGCUUCCCUUUGGUGUCGACGAUGCCACUCGCUCCGAGGUCGAGAUCCAGGCUUCGCAGCAGACCGACCGUCCGCUUCCACCCAUCGCCCUCGACACGCGCCUCGACAACCGCGUCCUCGACCUGCGCACCACCACCAACCAGGCCAUCUUCCGCCUCACCCACGGCGUCUGCAAGCUCUUCCGCGAGUACCUCGAUGGCCUCGACUUUGUCGAGAUCCACACGCCCAAGCUGCAGGGUGCUGCCACCGAGAGCGGCUCGUCCGUCUUCAAGGUGUCGUACUUUAAGGGUCAGGCUUUCCUUGCGCAGAGUCCGCAGCUGGCCAAGCAGAUGGCCAUCGCCGCCGACUUUGGCCGCGUGUACGAGAUCGGUCCCGUCUUCCGCGCUGAGGACUCCAACACCCAUCGCCACAUGACCGAGUUCACGGGUCUCGAUCUCGAAAUGGCUUUUGAAGAGCACUACCACGAGGUGGUCGACGUCCUCGACGGUCUGUUCACGUUCAUCUUCCGCGAGCUGCCCAAGCGCUAUCGCAAGGAGAUCGAUGCUGUCAAGCGCCAGUAUCCAUGCGACGAGUUUUUGCUUCCCGAAAAGACGGUCCGCCUGCAGUACAAGGACGCCAUCGCGCUGCUUCGCGAGAACGGCAAGGAGCUGGGCGACCUCGAGGAUCUUUCCACCGAGAUGGAGCGAACUCUCGGCGGCUUGGUGAGGGACAAGUACAAGACCGACUUUUUCAUGCUCGACAAGUUCCCGCUCGAAAUCCGUCCGUUCUACACCAUGCCCGACCCGGCGGACAACAAGUACUCCAACUCGUACGACUUUUUCAUGCGCGGCCAGGAGAUUCUGUCCGGUGCCCAGCGUGUGCACGACGCAACGUUCUUGGAGAAGAGGAUGGGCGAAUUUGGUAUUCCCGUCGAGAGCAUGAAGCACUAUGUCGAGGCGUUUAGGUUGGGAUGCCCGCCUCACGCCGGUGGUGGUAUCGGACUCGAGAGGGUCGUGAUGUUCUAUUUGGGUCUGGGCAACAUUAGGAGGGCGAGCAUGUUCCCCCGUGACCCUAAGCGUCUGGACCCCUAA